AUGGGUUCUCUUCCGGAGAGACUGCCGUUGGACCCCUCUGUGGCCAUUCAGCCGAAUGAUGCCAAGCGUGUGGCCGAGCUUGCAAACGCGAUCGGCUCUCUCGGAGCAACUUGGUCGCCAAGCGAUGAUGCCACACGUAAUCAACUGUUGAAGCAGGCUCGUGCGUUGGUACUGUCUCUCGAGACGCCUAGAGAAACAAUGAUUAGGCAUGUGUGGGCGCAGCCCAAUGUCAAUGUCAACAUCCUGGCGGGCAUUUACUCGGGUCUUUGGAAGCACAUGACGGAGAACCCUGGGCCCAAGAAGGUUGAAAAGCUUGCUUACACGCUGGGCUUUGAUCCCGAUGUCCUUGCUCGCUUGCUGCGUCAUCUCGGCGCGAUGGGAUACAUAAAAGAGGUCGGGGCCGAUGAGUAUGAACUCACGAACUUUUCAAAGUCCUUGAGUCUCCCCCUGAUCGCUGGAGGAUACCCUGUCACCGUUGGCGGUUGCUGGCCGACCCUGGCCAACUUCCCUACGUACCUGAAGAAGAACAACUGGAGGAUUCACGAGGAUCCCAAAAAGGGACCCAUGCAAGACAUCAUUGGCGAAGACAGCGACUUCUUCAAACACAUGAUGACCAACUAUCCUGCGGGAGAGUUCCAGAACCACAUGGCUGGCUACAGACAAGGCCGGCCGUCAUGGAUGGACGCUGACUUCUUUCCGGUCGCCGAGCGCCUUGUUCAGGGUGCAGACACCGCCAAGGAUGCCGCGUUCCUCGUCGACAUCGGAGGCAGCACAGGCCACGAUAUCGACGAGUUCUGCCGAAAGCAUCCCAACGCGCCCGGCCGCCAUGUUCUGCAAGACCUCCCGCACGUGCUUGCGCAAGUUGAGAAGAUCGACCCCAAGAUCGAGCCAAUGGAGUAUGACUUCCACACAGAGCAGCCGGUCAAGGGCGCUAGGGCGUACUAUUUGCAUUCUGUGCUUCACGACUGGACAGACGAGGUUGGCAAGAGUAUCCUCGCGCGCGUGACGGCUGCGAUGAAGCCUGGAUACAGCAAGUUGUUGAUCAAUGAGAACGUCGUACCCGGAACCGGGGCCAACUGGCAGACCACAGCCCUGGACAUGAUGAUGCUCACUCUUUUUGCUUCAAGAGAACGAACGGAAGCGCAAUGGCGCAGUCUCCUGGAGCCGGCGGGUCUCAAGAUCGUCAAGAUUUGGUCCAAGGGCGAGGGAGUGGAGAGCCUCAUCGAGUGUGAGCUGGCGUGA